CCUUCGUAUUCGCAAAGCUGAAAACUUUCCUACUCUCUCUAUAAGUCCACUCCUCCUUCAAGCAAAGCAUCUUCCUCUGCUUCCUCUACGACUGAUUGGUUUUAGAUUUAACCAGACCCAUCUAAGGGAUCUGGAACAAGCUUCUUCAUCUCUGGUUCUGGUCUGAUCAACAGGGAAUAACAAAAAUGGAGUCUUUCUUCUCCAGAUCCACCUCCAUAGUCUUUAAAUUGAGUUUCUUGGCCGUAUAUAUCUUCUUCUUGAUUUCGUCGUCUUCUUUCACUUCGACAGAAGCAUAUGAUGCGCUCGAUCCCGAAGGCAAUAUUACGAUGAAAUGGGAUGUCAUGAGCUGGACUCCUGAUGGCUAUGUCGCCGUGGUUACAAUGUUCAACUUCCAGAAAUACAGACACAUUCAGUCUCCGGGAUGGACAUUAGGUUGGAAAUGGGCAAAGAAGGAAGUUAUAUGGAGUAUGGUCGGAGCACAAACAACCGAACAAGGUGAUUGUUCAAAGUACAAAGGAAACAUACCGCAUUGUUGUAAAAAAGAUCCAACGGUUGUAGAUUUGCUCCCGGGGACUCCUUAUAACCAGCAGAUAGCCAAUUGCUGCAAAGGAGGUGUCUUGAACUCAUGGGUUCAAGACCCUGGCAAUGCUGCUAGCUCCUUCCAGAUCAGUGUUGGUGCGGCUGGAACCACAAACAAAACCGUCCGGGUGCCAAGAAACUUCACUCUCAUGGGCCCUGGUCCAGGCUACACUUGUGGUCCAGCUAAGAUUGUCAAACCAACCAAGUUUGUCACUCCCGACACUCGCAGAACCACUCAAGCUAUGAUGACAUGGAAUAUUACGUGCACAUACUCUCAGUUCCUUGCUCAAAGAACUCCGACUUGCUGCGUUUCUUUAUCUUCUUUUUACAAUGAAACCAUUGUCGGAUGUCCAACGUGUGCUUGCGGAUGCCAGAACAACAAAACGGAAUCCGGUGCCUGUCUCGACCCGGAUACACCGCAUCUAGCAUCUGUUGUGUCACCACCGACGAAGAAAGGAACGAUUUUACCGCCAUUGGUGCAGUGCACGAGACACAUGUGCCCGAUCCGAGUGCAUUGGCACGUGAAGCAGAACUACAAAGAGUAUUGGCGAGUGAAGAUCACAAUCACAAACUUCAACUAUCGCUUAAACUACUCACAGUGGAACAUGGUCGCUCAACAUCCAAAUCUUGACAACAUCACUCAGAUCUUCAGCUUCAACUACAAAUCUCUCACUCCUUACGCCGGAUUAAACGAUACGGCCAUGUUAUGGGGAGUGAAGUUCUACAACGAUUUCCUAUCAGAGGCAGGGCCUCUUGGGAAUGUGCAGUCGGAGAUUUUGUUCCGUAAAGAUCAAUCAACCUUCACAUUCGAGAAAGGAUGGGCUUUUCCUCGCCGUAUCUACUUUAAUGGAGACAAUUGCGUCAUGCCUCCUCCUGACACUUACCCUUUUCUUCCUAACGGUGGUUUCCGGCCAGUAUUCUCAGUCUUCGCCGCCGUGUUCCUCCCUGUUCUCGUCUUCUUAUUCUUCUUCCAUUCCGCUUAAACCUCAGGUUUCCGGUUUUGCCACUGACGACGAUCCUGUGUGUUCCCGGUUUGGUUAGGGUUAGGCUGCUGCUGGUUUGAUUGUACGGUGAAGUGGUAUAAACGUUUUUUUUUUUUUAGUAAAAAGUGGUAUAAACGUUAUUUAUGAUCAUUCUUUCGUGUCCCAAAUAUUAUAUAAUCUUCUUGAUACAUUUUAUUUUUUUCAUAUAUAUAUAUAGUUUUCAACUUCGUUGUUUUUUCUCUCUUUUUUUUUUUAUUUCCUUGUGUCCGUAAUUUUGUUGGUUCCGUCUUUGUAGAAGGUCGAGAAAAAAAAGAAGAUAAUAAUGUCAGAUAUA